CGCUGGUACAGGGUCGCUGAGGGAUUAGGCUGGGGCACGCUCAUGCUUAUGCCGCACGACAAGAUUGCAAGCUCCUGGAUCGAGUCCACAGUCCGCGCCUGGGGCCUGGAUGCCUGGAUUGAGCUGGUGAAGAAGAUUCGCCCAGACGUCUGCGCUGCGAGCAAGGCGCUUGAGAACUGGCUAGGGCCAGAAGGCAUUGCUGGGUGUCCUAUCGGCGAAAAAGAGAUGCUGGGCAUUGAGGCAGACGCGCCAACAGCGAGCUGUGCAAUUGAGGAGAUUCUUGACAGCGAAGAGGACGACAACAGCGUUGUUGAGCUGUCGCAGGCACACGCAAGCCCAGUGAGCUCUGUCGCAGAUGCGCCGCUGCGCCAGAUGACGCUGCUAGAGUUGUUCCACCCUGUAGACGAAGUAUAA